GUCCAACGUCGUGCGCUGCGCUCAUUCUUCAAAACCCAAAAUAUAAAACCCAACGCCUUUCAAAUCCCCCACCCUUCUCUCUUUCCCUUUCCCCGAUAUUCCCUCGAAAAUGCCCCAACUCGCAGAGACCUACGCGUGCGUCCCAACCACCGAGCGCGGCCGGGGAAUCCUAAUCGCCGGCCACCCCAAAUCCAACACCGUUUUGUACACCAAUGGCAGAUCGGUAAUUAUGAUCAACCUCGACAACCCGCUUGACGUCUCGGUCUACGCCGAGCACGCCUACCCCGCCACCGUGGCGCGCUACUCCCCCAACGGCGAGUGGAUCGCCUCCGCCGACGUGUCUGGGACUGUCCGGAUCUGGGGGACCCGCAACGAAUUCGUUUUGAAGAAGGAGUUCAAGGUCCUCACCGGUCGGAUUGACGAUCUCCAGUGGUCCCCCGACGGGCAAAGGAUCGUGGCCUGCGGCGAUGGCAAGGGCAAGUCCUUAGUGCGAGCUUUCAUGUGGGAUUCGGGGACGAAUGUCGGGGAGUUCGACGGGCAUUCGAGGCGAGUGUUAAGCUGCGCGUUUAAGCCAACGAGACCGUUUCGGAUCGUCACGUGCGGAGAGGAUUUCCUGGUGAAUUUCUACGAGGGACCACCUUUUAAAUUCAAGCAAUCACACAGGGAUCAUUCAAAUUUUGCUAAUUGUGUACGAUUUUCUCCAGAUGGCAGUAAGUUCAUUAGUGUAAGCUCUGAUAAGAAAGGUAUAAUAUAUGACGGGAAAAGUGGAGAGAAGAUAGGGGAGCUUUCCUCUGAAUAUGGCCACAAGGGCAGCAUUUAUGCUGUUAGCUGGAGCCCUGAUGGUAAACAGGUGUUGACUGCAUCUGCUGACAAGUCAGCAAAGUUGUGGGAGAUAUCUGAGAACGGUAAUGGGAAGGUGAAGAAAACGUUGAUGAGUCCUGGUUCUGGUGGAGUUGAUGACAUGCUAGUGGGAUGUCUCUGGCAGAAUGAUCAUCUUGUAACUGUUUCUCUUGGUGGCACUGUUAGCUUAUUCUCAGCAACUGAUCUUGAUAAAGCCCCACUGAUGUUGUCUGGGCAUAUGAAGAAUGUUAACUCAUUAGCUGUUCUCAAAAGUGACCCAAAAGUUAUGUUGUCUAGCAGCUAUGAUGGUUUAAUAAUCAAAUGGAUCCAGGGCAUUGGAUACAGUGGCAGACUACAGAGGAAAGAGAAUUCUCAAAUCAAGUGUUUUGCAGCUGUUGAAGAAGAGAUUGUUACAUCUGGAUUUGACAAUAAGAUAUGGAGAGUUUCUGUACAUGGGGAUCAAUGUGGAGAUGCAGAUUCGGUUGAUAUUGGCACUCAACCAAAAGAUUUGAGCCUUGCUCUCCUCUCUCCUGAACUUGCUUUGGUUUCAACUGAUUCCGGCGUUGUCUUGCUCCAUGGUACAAAGGUUCUGUCAACUAUCAACCUUGGGUUUACUGUGACUGCAUCUGCAAUCGCACCUGAUGGAAGUGAAGCAAUUGUCGGUGGGCAGGACGGUAAAUUACACAUUUAUUCUAUCACGGGUGAUACUCUCAAAGAAGAGGCAGUCCUUGAGAAACAUCGGGGUGCUGUAAGUGUCAUACGUUACUCUCCAGAUGUUUCAAUGUUUGCAUCAGGGGAUGUCAAUCGAGAAGCUGUUGUCUGGGAUCGUGUCUCCCGAGAGGUGAAGCUUAAGAACAUGUUGUACCACACUGCUCGCAUAAACUGUCUGUCUUGGUCUCCUGAUAGCAACAUGGUUGCUACUGGAUCACUUGACACGAGUGUCAUCAUAUAUGAAGUUGACAAGCCAGCAUCUAGCCGUUUAACGAUAAAGGGUGCUCAUCUUGGCGGGGUUUAUGGAUUAGCUUUCACCGAUCAGUACAGUGUGGUGAGCUCUGGUGAGGAUGCUUGCGUUCGUGUUUGGAGGUUAACCCCACAAUCAUAAAAGAUAUAUGGAGGCCCCUUCGGAGAUUUUCAAGGAGAAGAAGAAGAAUUUCAUUGAACAAUGGUUUUUAUUGGGUUUUGUUUGUUGUGAGUUGUGGUUUGGCUUGCAAUUAGGGAGAACAGUUGAUAUUAUCUGAGUAGGAAUUUUGAGGAGUAUCAAGAGUGGUAUAGUAGGCGUUGCCAAUGGCUAUUUUAGGAGAAAUUGUCUUAUUGAUCAAAAGUGGUGGCCUAGAUGAAAAGUAGGUGAUUCUGUAUAGCGCAGUGUAUGACGCCAUCAAGUAUUGAAGAGGGGAACAAUAUUGAUCAUGGAAUUGAAGCCAUCUCAUCUCUCUUGGGGUAUCUUUCUUGUACCAGACUUUUGUGGCUGGUGAGAUUUUUUUUUAUUGUAUUGCUUUGUUCUUUACUGCUGUGUGUUUUGGUGAUGAUGGUACCAACGAAUAAAGUUGGAUUUGAAUAGUCUUUUUUUUUUUUUUUUUUUUCUUCGGGGGCCUCUAAAAGGCAUAUGUAUACAUUUUUGCUAGUAAUUAUUGCUUAUUUAUGUUUAGAA